GCCGCAAGCGGCACCAGGCUCGCGGCCGCCACUCCAUGCUUCCGUUUUCGUGGGUGGCACCCGGCCUAGUGCUGCGUUCGUCGGCGUGCAGCAUCGCACGAAGGCUUUGCAAGCCGCCGGCAGUGCGCCAGCAUCUCCUUCUUCGCGGCCGGUUCCAGCGUCUGUGGCAGCUCUCGCUGCACACCAAGGACAAACUUACGAAAAAGCGCAGGAGAUUGUGUCAGCAGUUGAAGCUAUCCGCACCCCGGAAAUAAGUAGUCCUCGUGAAUCAGUCACGGCGCUUGCUGCACAUGAAGGCUUCUACAGGAGAGGACCGAGCCCCGCAGAGGUCAGGGCCCAAACGCGGAUGAAAGUGCAGCAGUUACUCCAACAGGGCGAAAGGGACAUGCCCGAUGUUUCUCGGAAUUUUGAGAUAAAGAAGAAACCCAGGACGGAUCCUACUCCUGCGCCCGCGUCCAUCUCCGUAGUGGGAGUAAAACCGGGGACCCCACGGCGUGGCUUGCAGCCUAGUAAAAAAGUCUCGAACUCUGGCUCGUUUGGAACAUCUUCAGUAUCGUCAAUGGCUUCAGGACCAUUGUCGGGUAGGAAUGCGAGCGGCAAGCGGUCUAUGGCCGAUGCACUCAUCCGCGGUGCGGGUCUUGCAUCCUCAGCGUCGCAAGGCGGAUCACUGGCUCCGAUACGCGAAUCCACAGAGUACCAAAACGACGUUCGAAAAUUAUCUACACUGUCUUCGACAUCGACGGAGUCUUCGAUGCAGAAGCCCGAAGUUCGCGGCACCAUCGAGACGUCGCGACAGCAACUUAUGCACGCUGCUGCCCCUGUAAGCAACGCAGUUGCGUCACGUCUUAAUCAUGUAAUAAAAGAAGGGGACGAACAUGAGGAGCAGGUGCUGAAGCGCUCCUCGGGACCUCGCGGAAAUGAGCUUCAAAAGAACUCGCAGGAACAAGGUAAGUCGCUCGGACAGGCGCCAGGAUCCGCCGGAUGGACUCGCGUCAAACCAGCUGCUCAAAAGAUCUUCGAGAGGAAGGUAGAAGAUGAGCAGCCUGGUCUUGCUGGAACGGAAAAUUCACCUCGACCUGCACGGCCUUCCUUGGUCGCGGCGGCCGAAGCGAGACGCGGCGCCAAUUUUCUUGAGGCAGUACAAAAGGCACGUGACGCGGGGGCGCCCCGAUCGUACCAUCUCGCAGACGCCCAAGUGGGCGAUGGUGUACGAAACCGGCAGAAGGCUCUCGUAACUGCGGUCGCCAAAACUGAGACGAGUGCCGAAAAAGGAGUACGAAAGUCGGCAAAGGAGGCGUCGGACGGCGUCGGUGGAGUCGCCGAUCGGCUUGAGUUUCUAAAAGGUACGGGGGCCAUGGACGGCAUUCUUGGUAGCAUGCAGAAACAGCAAAACAAAGCUGCGGGCCUCGACGACUGA